AACCCGCGGCCAUGAGAACGGCGCCGAUGGUCGCGUAGACCGUAGACGCGUUGAGUUCUGACGACACGGCGGUCAGCGGUGUCAUUUUCUGGCCAUUUCCCGGCCGGGUGGAACACGAGGAGGAGAACCGGCCGACCGGAAGCGAGUGACGCGAUGGCUGUCACCAACCUGGUCACGGAGCAGGCAUUCGACGACUUCGUCAAGUCCAAGAAACUUUCCGUCGUGCACUUCUACGCGCCAUGGGCGGAGCAAUGUUCCCAAGUGAACGACGUGCUCGAGGAGAUGAGCGAGAUGGAGCAGUACAAGGAGGUGAAGUUCGCCAAGAUCGAGGCGGAAGACGAACCUGAGGUGUCUCUGAAAUCCGGAGUGGCUGUCGUGCCGACGGUUCUUCUGUAUCGGGACGGCAACGUGUUGGGCAGGGUGGACGGUGCCAAUGUCCCGGAAUUGACCGAGAAGAUCAAGCAUUUUCUGAACAACAAGGAUGCGGAGGAAUCUGUUGAGGAUAGGUUGAAGAAACUGGUGAACCAAGCGCAGUGCAUGCUAUUCAUGAAGGGGAACCCCGCGAAUCCACGGUGCGGUUUCUCCAGAACGAUUGUUUCCAUCCUGGACGGUUACAAGACGGAUUACAAGUCGUUCGACAUAUUGCAGGACAAUUCCGUUAGGGAAGGACUUAAAAAGUUUAGCAAUUGGCCGACGUAUCCGCAGUUGUACGUGAACGGGGAGCUGAUCGGCGGAUUGGACAUAGUGAAAGAGAUGGACGAGUCGGGUGAACUAGAAAGUAUGCUACCAAAGAAAGGGAGUGCCGAUACCAAUAAAUAGGUCCGUUUAAGUAAUAACUCUAUUUCACAUUGAUUUCCGCGUAUAAGUAGUGACGAAUGUUAUUUUUCCAAGCAAUUACUACCUGUAACUGUUAUCUUUUUAACGUUAUUUUAUAUUAUGCGUUAUUUGAAAUUACAUAUCCUGUUCGCGGAAUAAAUUAAAUUAUCUUCCAGUGAGUUAUGGUUUAAUAACUUCGUUUCAUGUAAUUGUAAUUUAUAUUCUACCAUUUUCAAGCCAAUCCAUUUGCUUCACACUCUUCCAGUUACAACCCUUGAUUGUCCAUUCAACCUCUUCUGGGAUGGCUAUGACAUGCGAAUGAUUAGUUUGAGAGAAGGCUUCUGCGUUUAUAUAUAAGGAAAGAAGAAAGUUUAGAAAAAGGAAAAUAGAAUUUAGAAGUUUUGUAUCAAAUAACUGAUUGUGAGAAGUAAAAUUGAUUGGAGACACGGUGAUAAAUUUAAUCUUUCUUAUCCGAAACAUUUAAAAACUUCCAUUCAACCUGUAAAACUAAAGCAUAUGUGAGAUGAGGAUAGGAAUUGAACCCGAAAUCAGUUAAUCGUUCUUACACAAGGCCACGCGUCAUCUCAUGAUUUUUAUUAUAUACAUAUGUACACAACACAUCUUACAAAUAACAAAAAUAUAUCUCAGAAUUACAAUUAAGUAGGUAAGAGCUUCGGUUGUGUAAUAAAAAAUUGUCAUAAUUA